AUGAGUAAGAACCCUGAUAAGCCAAUUCUAGAAUGCCUUAAAAUUAUGCUUCGGGACCUACAAAGACUCUAUAGCAAGAUUCGUCCGGAGCUACGAAACGACGUCUAUUACCAUUCAAAGCUUGUAUUAGCAACCCGUCUUGUCCCUGCCCGUUCACCACGUCGCUACCAAAGCGAAGCACUGAAAAUCUACCAUGUAUGCCAUAAACUAGACUGCUGGUCAACUAACCAUAUGGAAGAGGAACGACAAGCUGCUAGACGCCCAUACGAGGCUGCAAUAGACAAAUUUAUCAUGGAAUCCAAAAGACAGCCUCCAACGCCAGGGAAACGCUUCGAAUCGUACUUGGCUGAGAUCGAUGAACCGAGCCAGUACGACCUCCCAGACCGUACGAAAAGCGAGCCAACUAUGGCAACAGGAUACUUCACAGUUGUCACUACGGAUCAUGCCAAAUUCUCACCUUCGCUAGCAAGCGAACUCGCUAAUCAUUCUGCAGCUCACUAUCUCAGCUGCUUGCUAGGCAACAAUCAAGAAUAUACAGCCAAGCUCACCCCUAGCGACAAAGAUAACACCAACAUAUGGAUUAUACCAAGCUCUUAUCAUCUUACUGUACCUGAAUAUGCGUUUCUUACAGAAGAUUGA